CUGCCACGCACUACCCAGCUCCCACUUACCCGAUACCCGCUCCCUUCCCCCUUCCCACCCCUCCCAGCCUUGUCCUUUCCCAGCCCUUUCCCUUUCCCCUCCUUUCCUUCCUUCCCCAUACAACCUAGACGAAUUUCCUACUCCCCAACCUGCCAAACCUCCAGCGACGCCCAGGGAAGUGCCCGCUCCACCCCACCCCCCACUCGCUCCGCCCCUAACGUCCAGCCCUUUCAACUUCUUCCUCUGGGAGUCUGCAAAACACAGCCUUCAAAUUCCCCUCCCGACGAACCGGAAGUGCGUCAUGCAUAGGCGCCGAGGCGCUCGUUUGGCGCGCGCGCCCUAAGCUGCGGGUCUGAGUUAGGGUCUUGGGUUUUCUCUCCUUUCUCCUUGGUUCUUGUCUAUUUCCGGACGCUGGUGUCUCCGAACUUCGACAUGCCGUCUUCUUUACUGGGCUCGGCGAUGCCGGCCUCCACGUCGGCCUCAGCCCUGCAGGAAGCUCUGGAAAAUGCAGGGCGGCUCAUCGACCGUCAGUUGCAAGAAGACCGCAUGUACCCGGACCUUUCCGAGCUUCUCAUGGUGUCUGCCCCAAAUAAUCCCACUGUUUCCGGCAUGUCAGAUAUGGAUUAUCCUCUACAAGGACCUGGUUUGCUGUCAGUACCCAACCUUCCAGAGAUCAGUUCCAUCCGAAGGGUUCCUCUCCCACCUGAACUUGUUGAACAGUUUGGACAUAUGCAGUGUAACUGCAUGAUGGGUGUGUUCCCUCCUAUCAGCAGAGCUUGGCUCACAAUUGACAGUGACAUAUUCAUGUGGAACUAUGAAGAUGGAGGAGACCUUGCCUAUUUUGAUGGACUUAGUGAGACUAUUCUUGCUGUGGGGCUUGUGAAACCAAAAGCUGGCAUCUUUCAACCUCAUGUACGGCACCUGCUGGUUUUGGCAACCCCUGUGGAUAUAGUGAUUCUUGGACUUAGCUAUGCUAAUUUACAAACAGGUUCUGGAGUUCUUAAUGACAGUAUGUGUGGUGGAAUGCAGUUGCUUCCAGAUCCCUUAUAUUCUCUUCCCACUGAUAAUACUUACCUUUUAACAAUAACUUCCACUGAUAAUGGCAGAAUUUUCUUGGCUGGAAAGGACGGCUGUUUAUAUGAAGUAGCAUACCAAGCAGAAGCAGGUUGGUUUAGCCAAAGAUGUAGGAAAAUAAACCACUCAAAGAGUGCACUUUCUUUCCUUGUUCCUUCAUUGCUACAAUUUACAUUCUCAGAAGAUGAUCCUAUUCUUCAAAUUGCAAUUGAUAAUUCUAGAAAUAUUUUAUAUACACGAUCUGAGAAAGGAGUAAUACAGGUUUAUGAUUUGGGCCACGAUGGACAAGGAAUGAGCAGAGUUGCCUCAGUUUCGCAGAAUUCUAUUGUCUCUGCUGCUGGAAACAUUGCUAGGACCAUAGAUCGUUCUGUUUUUAAGCCAAUUGUUCAAAUAGCAGUGAUUGAAAAUUCUGAAUCGCUGGAUUGUCAGUUAUUGGCAGUCACACAUGCAGGUGUAAGGUUAUAUUUCAGCACUUGUCCAUUCAGACAGCCAUUAGCACGACCUAACACAUUGACACUGGUUCACGUUCGCUUACCUCCUGGAUUCUCAGCAUCUUCAACAGUGGAAAAACCUUCAAAAGUACAUAAAGCACUUUACAGUAAAGGUAUUCUACUGAUGGCAGCCUCAGAAAAUGAAGAUAAUGACAUUUUGUGGUGUGUUAACCAUGAUACAUUUCCUUUCCAAAAGCCAAUGAUGGAAACCCAGAUGACAACCCGUGUUGAUGGUCAUUCAUGGGCUCUCUCUGCAAUAGAUGAAUUGAAAGUAGAUAAAAUUAUUACACCCUUAAAUAAGGAUCAUAUUCCCAUAACUGACUCACCAGUUGUGGUACAGCAGCACAUGUUGCCUCCAAAGAAAUUUGUUCUCCUCUCAGCACAGGGGAGUCUUAUGUUUCAUAAACUUAGACCUGUAGAUCAACUGCGGCAUCUACUUGUGAGUAACGUGGGUGGAGAUGGAGAAGAAAUUGAAAGGUUCUUUAAAUUACAUCAGGAAGACCAGGCUUGUGCAACUUGCCUUAUCCUUGCUUGUUCCACUGCUGCUUGUGACAGAGAAGUAUCUGCAUGGGCUACUCGGGCUUUCUUCAGGUAUGGUGGUGAAGCACAGAUGAGAUUUCCAACCACUCUCCCUGCUCCAAGUAACGUGGGUCCCAUCUUAGGGUCUCCUGUCUAUGCUAGUUCUCCUAUUCCUAGUACUAGUUCAUACCCAAAUCCAACAUUUCUGGGAACACCAUCUCAAGGUGUACACCCUCCUGCCAUGUCAACACCAGUGUGUGCUUCAGGAAAUCCAGCAACUCAGGCCGCAAGUAUGACUUGUAUGGCUGCACCAGAGAUCGUGUACUCUGGAAAACACAAUGGUAUUUGCAUCUACUUUUCUCGAAUCAUGGGAAAUAUCUGGGAUGCUAGUUUAGUUGUGGAGAGAGUAUUCAAGAGUGGCAGCAGAGAGAUCACCGCAAUUGAAAGUAGCGUUCCCUCCCAGCUGCUGGAGUCAGUGCUACAAGAACUAAAAGGUUUGCAAGAAUUUCUAGACAGAAACUCCCAAUUUGCAGGAGGACCAUUAGGAAAUCCAAAUACAACUGCCAAAGUGCAGCAGAGGCUGAUAGGAUUCAUGCGUCCUGAAAAUGGAAAUACCCAGCAAAUGCAGCAGGAGCUGCAGAGGAAGUUUCAUGAGGCUCAGCUGAGUGAAAAGGUUUCACUUCAGGCAAUCCAGCAGUUGGUUCGAAAAUCAUACCAGGCUCUGGCUUUAUGGAAACUUCUUUGUGAACAUCAGUUCACUGUCAUUGUAGGAGAACUUCAGAAGGAAUUUCAGGAGCAACUGAAAAUCACCACAUUUAAAGAUCUGGUCAUCAGGGACAAGGAACUGACUGGGGCAUUAAUUGCUUCUCUUAUCAACUGCUACAUCAGAGAUAAUGCUGCUGUUGAUGGCAUUAGCUUACACUUACAGGACAUCUGCCCCCUUCUGUAUAGCACUGAUGACGCAGUUUGCUCUAAGGCAAAUGAACUUCUGCAGCGUUCCCGACAAGUUCAAAAUAAGAUUGAAAAGGAAAGAAUGUUAAGGGAAUCCUUAAAGGAAUAUCAAAAAAUCAGCAAUCAAGUGGACCUUUCCAAUGUUUGUGCUCAGUAUAGACAAGUCCGUUUUUAUGAGGGUGUGGUGGAGCUCUCUCUUACUGCUGCAGAAAAAAAAGAUCCUCAGGGUCUUGGACUUCAUUUCUAUAAACAUGGAGAACCAGAAGAAGACCUUGUGGGCCUGCAGGCUUUCCAAGAAAGAUUAAACAGUUACAAGUGUAUUACAGACACGCUUCAAGAACUGGUAAAUCAAAGUAAGGCUGCUCCUCAGUCUCCCAGUGUACCCAAAAAACCUGGGCCUCCAGUACUGUCAUCUGACCCCAAUAUGCUGAGUAAUGAAGAAGCAGGACAUCAUUUUGAACAAAUGCUUAAACUGUCUCAACGAUCCAAAGAUGAGCUCUUUAGUAUCGCCCUUUAUAAUUGGCUAAUACAAGCUGAUCUUGCAGAUAAGCUAUUGCAGAUUGCUUCUCCAUUUCUGGAGCCACAUCUAGUCCGAAUGGCCAAAGUUGAUCAAAACAAAGUUCGUUAUAUGGAUUUACUGUGGAGAUAUUAUGAAAAGAACAGAAGCUUUAGUAAUGCUGCUCGUGUACUGUCCAAAUUGGCUGACAUGCAUAGCACAGAAAUUUCACUUCAGCAGCGACUAGAGUACAUUGCUCGAGCCAUUCUUAGUGCCAAAAGUUCCACUGCCAUUUCAUCAAUAGCCGCAGAUGGUGAAUUCCUUCAUGAAUUAGAAGAAAAAAUGGAAGUUGCUAGGAUCCAACUUCAGAUACAAGAGACACUACAAAGGCAAUAUUCCCAUCAUUCUUCAGUACAGGAUGCAAUUUCUCAGCUGGAUUCCGAACUAAUGGACAUAACUAAGCUUUAUGGGGAAUUUGCUGACCCGUUUAAACUUGCAGAGUGUAAGCUUGCAAUAAUUCAUUGUGCUGGUUAUUCAGACCCUAUAUUGGUGCAGACACUUUGGCAAGAUAUCAUAGAGAAAGAAUUGAAUGAAAGUGUGACGUUGAGCUCCUCGGAUAGAAUGCAUGCUCUUAGUCUCAAGGUUGUGCUCCUUGGCAAAAUUUAUGCUGGCACACCUCGCUUCUUUCCUUUAGAUUUUAUUGUGCAGUUUUUAGAACAGCAAGUUUGUACUUUGAACUGGGAUGUAGGUUUUGUAAUACAGACAAUGAAUGAAAUUGGAGUGCCAUUACCUAGGCUACUGGAAGUAUAUGAUCACUUGUUCAAGUCACGGGAUCCAUUCUGGAACAGAAUGAAGAAGCCACUGCACCUUUUGGAUUGCAUACAUGUGCUAUUGGCAAGAUAUGUUGAGAAUCCUAGCCAAGUUUUAAAUUGUGAGAGGAGAAGAUUUACAAAUCUGUCCCUGGAUGCUAUCUGUGGUUAUCUGGUUGAGCUUCAGUCUAUGAGCUCGUCAGUAGCAGUACAAACCAUCACAGGAAAUUUUAAAUCUCUUCAGGCUAAACUCGAACGGCUUCAUUAAUAUUAUAAUGUAUUUUCAUCUAUGCAUUUUGAUCUGUAAAAUAAAAGCUCAGCUGGGUCCAGAUAUCAGGUGCUGUAAAUCUAAGAACAAUUUUAAUAGAAAUGUGGUUUUAAAAGUGGCUACUAUCUACAAACAGUACAUUUGCCAGAUGAAUUAUUUUUUACUCCUAUUUUGUUUUUUAAUCAGGUUAAGAAACACCUGAACUAAGAUUACCUAUGAUCUUAACACAAGAAUAAAAAAUAUUUAGAAACUCUUAUUUUUAAUUUAAUGCAGGCAGAAAUUUUGAACUUAUGCUAUUCAUUCUCAAGUUAGUCCAAGGAUAUGGAUAUCAAAACUUAAAUAGGCUAGCUGAGCAGGUCCCAUAAUACUGGAUUCUACAACAAUCCUUUUUUUUUUUUUUUUAAUGUUUAUUUAUUUUUGAGAGGGAGAAAGACAGAACAUGAGCAGAGGAGGGGCAAAGAGAGAAGGAGACACAGAAUCCAAAGCAGGCUCCAGGCUCCAGGCUCCGAGCUGUCAGCACAGAGCCCAACACAGGUCUCAAAUUCACAAACCACGAGAUCAUGACCUGAGCUGAAGUCAGACGCUUAACCGACUGAGCCACUCAGGCGCCCCUACAACAAUCCUAAUACAGGCAAAUAAACACUGUCUCUUUUUAAAAAUUAUUUAGGUUUUGGGUUCAUCUUUGGAAAGGAAAUUUCUUUCCAGCUGCUUUCUUUCCAGCUACUAAUUUUGCCACAAUUCCUAAAGAUUAAUACGUACCUGGCUGUUUCUUGAGCAGGUGGCAAAUGUGUAACAAAUGUUCUAUGCCCUAAAAACCUACACAGAGAGAUACUGUUUUCCUUUAGUGUCUACCUACCAGUCCUUGAGACUGAUUACUGACUCCAUUAAAGCAGUUGUUCUCAAAGUAUGCACCAAAUGGCCACAUAAGCAUCAUUCUGGGAAUUUGCUCCCUGUUUGAUUCCCUCUCCCUCCCCAGUCAAUAACCAUAAUAAAUGAGUUUUACCCAAGAUACGAUAUAUAAAGCAAAAAUCGUUAGGAAUAUAGUUUUUAGCCUUCAACAAAUUGGAAUAAACUUAACCAAGUGCCCCAAAGUCAUGGCAACAAGGGAGGAGAAUAGAGUGGGAAUGACCAGGACUAACAAAAAGCAGGAACAUGGACUUCUUUCUUUUCACCUUUUAUGCUAUCAAGAGUAAUCACCUUCUGCUUAUUGUCACUAAAACAUGUCUAACAAUUUUUAUAGUACAUUUUGAAAAUAUUUUUCUUAUACUUUCCCAAGAUCAUGGGUUGACCUUUUCAUAUUCUCCUAGAAUGUAGUUCCCUUUUUCCCAUAAUCUUCUAAUUCAUAAUAUUUAAUGGACUGUCAAAAUGUCAUACAUAGGUACCACUACCUCUCAUAAUCUUCAGCUUUCAGUUCCUUUAGUUUUUUUAA